AUGUCUUUAAGGGCCAUCCAGAAACAAGUGCAAUCGUUUGGUAACAUUAAAAAAAUCACCUCAUCCAUGAAACUCGUGUCUGCUGCGAAAUUGGCUAAAACCGAACGUUUGUUGAAAGAAGUACGCCCCUUUGGCUUAGGCACACUUUCCUUUUAUAAACAUUAUACUCAUAUUGAUAUGCUUGACUACGUUGAAAAUCACCUCAUAUUUGCGGUUACAUCUGAUCGAGGUUUAUGUGGUGGUAUACAUUCUGCUGUCGCAAAAAAAGUUAAACAAGAAUUGUCUAGAUCAGAUCAAAAAUUUGCCAAAGUAGUAUGCAUUGGUUUAAAAUCAGAGGAACUACUAGUGAAAAUGCAUAAAUCAAAUAUUUUAUUCACAGUUUUUAAAAUAGGAAAAGAUAAUCCCACUUUUAUUGAUGCUUCAAAAAUAUUCAAUGAAUGUAUUAAUGUUGAAUAUUUAGCUUGUCAGAUUUUUUAUAAUCAUAGUGUUUCUAGAAGUAGUUCAAAAGUUGACAUGAUAUCCAUAUAUAACACUGACUUACUUUUGACUGUUGCUCAUAUUAAUAGUUUAGAAGAAGUAGAGGAAGAAAAUAUGAGGAGUUAUAUUGAAUUUUCCACUGUUUCACUAUUAUUUUAUGCUAUGGUAGAAAAUUCUUUGUGUGAACAUUCAGCUCGUAUGAUGGCCAUGGAUUCUGCUACUAAAAAUGUCACUACUUUGAAUGACAAAUUGUCAUUAGAAUACAAUCGCAAAAGACAAUUUAAAAUUACAUCGGACCUUAUAGAUAUUGUUUCUGGAAGUCAAGUUAUAACUGAAAAAUAA